AUGCAAUACACAUAAUCAAUUGUUAUUUGGGACGAAUGCCAAUGGAUUAACGGACAAUAAAUAAAGCGAGAUCAACGGUAUUUCGAAUUGUCGAGGUGUUGGUUAUGAAUGCGAUUGGGCGGGGGUUGGGAAUGUCGAAUCACUGACAUUUUGUCCGAUGUGAAAGUGAACGGGUUGGAAGACGAUAAAGACCAGAUGAUUAAAACGAUGAACCGGUUGAAUUCUGAUAGGAUAUUCAACCACAGUCUGGCUUCGGCUCUCAACAGGAGAAUUUUAUCACUUCGACUGCACUCUCCCCCUUCCCCGAGAAAAUUAAUUUCUGAUGAUUUGAGAAUUCACUUCAUAAAGAAAUCCCAGAAGAAUACCAGAAUUCUUCAGAUCAAUUUUUCACAGUUGAAGGAAAGAUGAAUAUCGAACCGAUUCGUGCUCAGUUGAAAAAAUACAAUCAGGAUCACCUCCUGGCCUUCUGGGAGGAGCUCACACCCGUGGAGCAGAAAGAUCUGACGGAGGACAUUUUCAACGUCGACCUAGUGGAGACGAACUCGUAUUUCUCUAGAGCAAAUGACUCCUCAAAGAACAACAAUAAAAUCCUGGACGAUGAGAUAAAGCCGAUAGACAGCGAGAGAUGUGGAGUCCUGGACACCUGCUCCGAGAAGCAGCUGAUGGCCUACGAGGAGAGAGGACUGAGAGAAAUUGCUGAUGGAAAGGCUGCAGUGGUUCUGAUGGCUGGAGGCCAGGGUACUCGUCUCGGCGUAACGUACCCCAAAGGGAUGUACGACGUGGGGCUACCUUCGAGGAAAACUCUCUUCCAACUCCAGGCUGAGAGAAUCAGAAGACUCGAGACACUAGCUGAAGAGAAAUGUGGGAGAAAGGGAUCUAUUCCCUGGUAUAUUCUCACGAGUGAGGCGACAGACAGAACGACCAACGAAUUCCUUAAACGUCACGAUUACUUCGGCCUAAAGGAAGAAAACGUCAAAACCUUCAAGCAGUGCAUGAUCCCGUGCUACGAUUUCAAUGGUAAAAUUUUGUUGGAUGAUAAACAUAAAAUCUCGAGGGCUCCUGAUGGCAACGGGGGCCUCUACAGGGCCCUCCAGCAAUCCGGCAUCCUCAAUGACAUGAGGAACAGAGGUAUCCGAAGUGUUCAUGCUCACUCUGUCGACAAUAUCCUCAUCAAAGUCGCUGAUCCUUAUUUCAUUGGGUAUUGCCUUGAGAAUGAAGCUGAUUGUGGAGUUUUAGUAGUGGAGAAGACUGAACCCACUGAAGCUAUUGGUGUUGUGUGCCAGGUGGACGGACACUACAGAGUCGUGGAAUACAGUGAAAUCUCGAAAGAGACGUCAGAACUCCGUCGUCCUGACGGGAGGCUCCUCUUCAGCGCUGGAAAUGUCUGCAACCACUACUUCACCGUCGAAUUUCUUACUGACGUCUCUGAAAAUCACGAGAGAGACCUGGAGCUCCACCUGGCCAAGAAGAAGAUCCCCUUCGUCGACAAAAAAGGGGAGAGACAGGUGCCUACGUCCCCUAAUGGGAUUAAAGUCGAGAAAUUCGUGUUCGAUGUUUUUAAGUACUCGAGGAAUUUUGCUGCCUGGGUAGUGCCCAGGGACAGCCACUUCAGUCCCCUCAAGAAUUCGGAUUCUGCGGGGCAGGACUGUCCGAUCACUGCCAAGAGGGACGUCUUGGCUCUGCAUAAAAAUUGGCUGCUGAAGGCUGGGGUGAAAUCUGUGGUGGGAGAGGUGGAGGUGUCACCUUUGAGGUCCUACAUGGGGGAAAAUCUGGAUAAUGUUAAUGAUGUCAUCCAGGGGCCUAUAAUUUUGGAGUGAAACUCCUCGAGAUAUUUCUAUAACAAUAUUUCAGAGAAAGAAAAAA